UCUCAAUGUCACAAAACAAUUUUUUUGGCGAAGGAAAAAGUGUCUGAACAAAGAAAAUCAAGCAUCAUUUUCGCGAAAUUGUGGCGUUAAAAUUCGUGCAAUAGGUGAUUUUUGGUGGAAAAUGGAUUCGUGUUCAGCUGUGGAGAAGGAAUUGGAGCGCGUUUUGACGAAAUUCUCAGCGAUAAAUGAGCAUUCGACCAAAAUAAUUGGCGAUGUCCUGACACAUUUCAUCGAAUUGCAAAAACACAUAGCUGAAGGCACCGAAUCAAAUGCUGAAUUAACUGCCGGACAAGUUGUAAUACUGAAGGAUGCACUGUCCAAGACAAAGGAGAAACUCCAAAGGCUCACAGCUGAUCAUCGGGAUUUGCAUGGGACUGUGAGCAAAGUGGGAAAGGCUAUUGAUAGGAAUUUCGUAUCAGACUUCACAGCCACCUCCAGAACAGAUGUCUUCACCACUGAAAGAAAUAUUCAGCUCCUCAACACAGUUAUUGCUCAACAUUUCUACAGACAAGGAAUGGAAGAUGUGGCUGAUAUGCUGAUAAAGGAAUCAUCCCUGCAGCACGAUGAGAUAUCAAUAGAACCCUAUGCUGAGUUACACAGAACUUGGGAGGCGAUUCACAAUCGCGAUUUGACACCAGCUCUCCAGUGGGCUACGCACUAUUCGGACAAAUUGGAGGCCAAGCACAGUGCGUUGGAGUUUAAGUUGCACCGUUUGGCAUUUAUGCAGAUCCUUAGUAGAGGCAUUGAGGCCCAGAAGGAGGCUAUUUCAUAUGCAAGGACAUACUUUGCAAAAUUCGUCCAUAGGUUUCAGAAGGACAUUCAGAGUCUCAUGGGUACACUCAUGUACUUGCCCAUUGGUAUCCAGAAUUCUCCUUAUCGUCAUUUGAUGGCGUCGGAGAUGUGGAUUGAGGCAGCGGAUUCCUUUAUUAAGGAUGCAUGCAGUGUUUUAGGUAUUAACAAGGAUUCACCAUUGUCAGUUGUGGUGAAUGCUGGGUGCACAGCUCUUCCGGCUCUGCUGAACCUCAAACAGGUGAUGCUGUCGCGACAAGUGAUGGGAAUUUGGAAUGGACGAGAUGAAUUACCAAUUGAAAUUGACUUGGAUCCAGACAAUCGAUACCAUUCUAUAUUUGCUUGUCCGAUUCUGCGACAACAGAGCUCAGAUGAUAAUCCACCUAUGAAACUGAUUUGUGGGCAUGUCAUCUCCCGUGAUGCACUCAAUAAACUGAGUUCCGGACCUAUACUGAAGUGUCCCUACUGCCCAAUGGAACAGAGUCCUCAGGAUGCCCGAGAAAUAAGAUUCUAAGAGAGAUGACCACUAGCGCGAGGAAUUGUGUAUAGGUAAGGCAUACACAGCUGAGUUAAAAAAAAAAAAGAAAAAAAUCUUCAAUUUCGUGAAAUGUUGAGAUUUCUUUUAUAAUAUUUGUGGGUAUCCGAUUAAAAAUUAGUAAUGUAAUAGUUUUUUUUUCCAUUUGUUAUACGAAAUCAAUCCUCUCGAAAAUGCUGUGUAGACUUAGAAUUGGGGGGGAUUGUUCAACAGAUAAUUGAUAUCUACAACAGUAACUUUCCAUUUUUAUGUUUUAUUCUUUUUUUUUAUUUACAAAACAUUUAGAAAACAAUUGAGAAAUAUGUGUACAUAAUUUUUUUUCGGGAACAGAUUUGAAGUUCUUUUUUUUAGACAAAGACGUCAAUUGUGUUUGCUUCUAAGAUUGAAAAAAAAAAUAAUAUAAUUAAAAAUUUGUACAUUCAGUACUGAAAGUCACGCAAUUGACACCAUAUAACAGCAGAAAAAAUACAUAGAAUGAAUUACAAA